UGCCUUUCCAUUCACAUUGGCCAAGCUGGCAUCCAGAUUGGGGAUGCUUGCUGGGAACUCUACUGCCUGGAACAUGGAAUCCAGCCAGACGGCGUUGUUCUCGACAGUAAAAAGGAUCAGGUGGAGAAUGCUAAAAUGGAGCAUAUGGGCGCAUCUUGCAAUACCUUCUUUAGUGAGACCAGAGCCGGGAAGCACGUGCCCAGAGCCCUCUUCACGGACCUGGAGCCAACUGUUAUAGAUGGGAUCCGAGCCGGCCAGCAGCGCUCGCUCUUCCCCCCGGAGCAGCUCGUCAGCGGCAAGGAAGACGCGGCAAACAACUAUGCCCGAGGCCGCUACUCUGUCGGCGUGGGCAUCAUCGACCUCGUGCUGGAGAGGAUCCGAAAGCUGGCGGAGCACUGCAGUGGGCUUCAGGGAUUUUUGAUUUUCCGGAGCUUUGGAGGAGGGACUGGAUCGGGAUUUACAUCUCUCUUAAUGGAGAGGCUCGCGGCAGAAUAUAGCAGGAAGACAAAGCUGGAGUUCUCAGUCUAUCCGGCCCCCAGGAUCUCCACUGCUGUCGUAGAACCUUACAACUGCAUCCUCACCACCCACUCCACCCUGGAGCACUUGGACUGCACCUUCAUGGUGGACAACGAGGCCGUCUAUGACAUCUGCCACCACAAACUCGGUGCCGAACGCCCCUCUUAUGCCAACAUUAAUAGGCUGAUAGGUCAGGCGGUCUCUUCCAUUACUGCUUCCCUCCGGUUUGAAGGGCCCUUGAAUGUGGACCUGACUGAAUUCCAGACCAACCUCGUACCGUAUCCGAGAAUACAUUUCCCCGUGACAGCCUUUGCCCCCAUCGUCUCUGCCGACAGCGCCUACCACGAGGAGCUCUCCGUGUCCGACAUCACCGCUGCUUGCUUUGACUUCUCCAAUCAGCUGAUCAAGUGCGACCCUCGGCUGGGGAAGUACAUGGCCUGCUGCCUCCUCUACAGAGGGGACGUGGUCCCUAAAGAUGUGAAUGCAGCCAUUGCAGCCACGAAGCUGAGGAACUCUGUGCAGUUCGUAGACUGGUGUCCAACCGGUUUCAAGGUGGGCAUCAACAGCCAGCCACCCAUGGUGACGCCAGGAGGGGACCUGGCCAAGGCCCGGCGGGCUGUGUGCGUGUUGAGCAACACCACGGCGGUCGUGGAGGCCUGGGCCCGCCUGGACCACAAGUUCGACCUCAUGUACGCCAAGAGGGCGUUUUUACACUGGUACGUCGGAGAAGGCAUGGACGAAGGCGAGUUCUUAGAGGCCAGGAAAGACUUGGCAGCCCUGGAGAAGGAUUACGAAGAAGUGGGGCAAAGUCCCUGA